GUUUGGAUAUGAUUUAUCGAUUAGUAUCGGUCUGGUUGGCAAAGUGGCGGAAUAUCUACAUCCGACAUUGUGAUAGUGAAACAAAGCUAAGAUUGCUGGAUGGCCACACAUAGCACGACCGACCAGAAGGGAAACAAUCCCAGUAAAUAUGUAACCAAGGAUUAUGGGCCUUAUCAGUUGCAAGAUUGGUGGAAUGAUGUAAACAAGAUGGAAGCUGAGAAACUACUGUUGUUACCUUGCAACCCAACUGGAACAUUCCUCGUCAGAAAAGCCACGGGGGCGGGAUUGUUCAUUUUGUCCGUAAAGGAUUAUAACUUGACGUCAAACGAUGCCUGCGUGAAGCACUACAGGAUCCGACAACUGGAUAACGGAAACGUCUGUAUCAUUCCCAAACAAACCUUCGAAAGUGUGUUUGAUCUGAUUGACCAUCACAAAAAUGCUGCUGAUGGCAUGUGUUGUAAGCUGAACGUCCCUUGUCCAGAGAUUAAAUCUUGUUCGGUUGAUGUCGGUGUGCCCAACGUCGGAGCUGAUCUAGAUAAAUGCGGAUCUCAUGGUGACCAAGGCUCUACUAGAUUUCCUCCGUCAAAACAUGAGGAACACGCUCACGUUUAAUGUCACAUUUUACAUCGAAGGACAAUGCUUCCAUUAUGUUGUCGAUGAUCGUGCAGGACUUUAAAGAGACUUAUCCACAGAUUGUCGAAAUGAGUUUUGUCCAUUUUUAGCAUUGUUACCGAAUAAAUAAAUAAAAAACACGCACUGUAUUUCAGAAAGACAAA